AAGUAGCAAUUACAGCAGCGAGUAAUGAGGCAAGUGUUGAAGCUGAGGAGGUUUCUAUUUCCACUGAGCAAGCAAACAUUACGGCAGAGGAGGGAAAAGUCUCUCCAAAUGUACCUCAACAAACCAACAUUAAUGAAACAAACAUAUUGGCUCUUGUUGGGGAGUUGAAGGAAGAAAAUGUUGUGAAUGUGAAAGCCUUGUUUCAGAAGAUAGCUGACUAUUACGGACAACCUAUAGUCGACUUCUCAGCGCCAUCAACAUCGGGAUGGAUUGGUCAAGCACAGCAGACCCCAGUUCCGUCAAUGGCAGCAGCAGAUGAUGCCGGGCAGGCAGUCACCGUUCAAAAAGAAAUAAAGAUUUCAGUGGGAGUGGGAGCAAACAUGCAACCGAUGGCUUCAGGGAAUAUACCGACACUUGUGGGCGUCUCACCAAUGAAGAAGAAGACAAAAAAGGAGAAGUAUGUGGCAGCAUUUAAGAGAGAUGUUAAUCGUUAUGCAUGCCGCAAAGCAAAGGGUUCUGUUACCGACUUGUACAAAGACCAAAGGCUGGUCGAACCAGAGUUCGAAGCAAACCCUCGCGUUCGAAAACUAUCUCAUUUCUUCAGUGGUGAGAUGGCACCGAAGAUAAAAGAGUAUCAAAAGGAAGUUGGAUUCAGUGUUUCAAAAGAGUUUGGCAGUGAAGGAAACUUGGUGGAUUUGAAACAAAUAUUGCAAAGCUUCAACUCAAAUAAAAAUUGGCACAUAGCUAUUGUUGGUCAGGCAGGAGGUGGUAAAACGACCUUUGUAGAACGGAUGGUUCGUGACGUUGCAGAAAAUAAUAAUCUAUGGGGCGACCACUCUUCCCUCGAUCAAACAGAAAGGCGUUACGAAAUCAUCUACUUCGUCUACAUUCGAGACCUGCUUGAUUCGAAGUCAAUUAAUGCGAAAGAUUUACUGUUUGGAAAAAUCAUCACGGAUUCAAGUGAGGAAAGCCAAAAAUAUGGAUAUGAAUGGAUCAUUGAAAACCAAGAAAAAGUGGUUUUUUUCUUUGAUGGUUUGGAUCAGGCGACUUGGUCUCUUGGCGGAACUCAUCGCAAGAUAAAUCACAAGGAUAAGGCCAGUACAGCAACGGUGAUGUGUAACGUUUUCACUGGUCAUCUUUUUCCCAGAGUUCAAAAAGUAAUCUCCUCUCGCGAGCAUUGCAUAGCUCCUCUCACGGGUGAACUUCGCCCCCAGCUAAUCUACGCUUUAGUAGGUUUGAGCCCAGAUGACGUCAAAAGAUUAUUCAUCGCACUCCUGGGUGAAAUCGGCCAACAGCAAUGGGAUCGGAUGUGUUCAACCUCUCCUGCGAUUAUCCAACUGUCCUCGAUCCCAGUAUUUUUAAUAUACAACGCCAUCGUUCAGCAUUUCAACCCGGAAAAUCCACCAGAUACCAUAACAGGAGUUAUGUUGGAGAUCCUUGAUAUUCUUCUGCAAUCUAAGCAUGUCAUAGAUAAGCAGGUUCUGCAUAAGUUGAAAAAAAUGGCUUUUCAAGCAAUGAGGGAAGGACGAGUCGUCUUUACAAAAGAUGAAUUACUGAAGUUUGGAUUAGAUCCAGAUUCGAUUAAAGACCUGAUUAUUGAAGUUCCAGGCCCCACAAGGGCGAGUCAGUGCCUUCUUGAAGGAACCCAACAAAUAUAUUUCUCGCACCAAGUAAUUGAAGAAAACCUUGCCGCCAUGUUCGUGUCAGAAAUGGGAGUUGAAGAUUUUGAAGACUUCGUGAAAAAGUCCAUUCAUCAAGAUCAUUGGUCGGUUGUUCGCAAGUUCUUGUGCGGAAUUCUUCUCAACCCAGCUUUGGCAAUAGAUUGGCCUCCGAAUAUGCUUCAAAUGAAGGGGUGGAAGGAUAUUCUCAAUGCCUGUUUUAUAGUUAAAGAUAAGAGAGGAAAAGAAGAAAUACUGAGACGUAGCUUGAAUGAACAAUUGAAGGAAACAAACGACUCAACUGCUUUGAUGGAAUUGUUCGGAGCUUUGUACGAGUCGAAUGACGCUGAAUUGAUUCGAUCCCACGUUCAUAAUAUCGAUUUCGAGAAAGCAACAAUCAACCCCAGUGGAAUGCUGGCAAUAUCGUCAGUUAUGCGUCGAAGUGGAAAUCUAAAUCUUCUGCGUUUCUCCAAAUGCAAUCUCACCACAGAGCUAUUUGAUAUCAUGAUGUCGAAUCUGAAGGAUUCCUCGCUCAAGGUCAAGAAGUUCGUCUUGAAGAACAAAUUCAAUGCUGAAUUAUUUGCUUCUGUUACAAAAUUCACGGAAUCUUACGUUGAUGAAAUGGUGUUGGAGAAGUGCAAAGGAUUUGAUGAAUUUGUUAUCAUCAGUAGAAGCGUCAUUUCUAAGAAAAUGUUUAUCAACAAGAUAGAUCUAGACAAUAUUAAGAUGUCAGAACAACUUGGCAUUGUAACUGGAUUCGUUUGUUCCAAGUAUAAUGCUGAACGUCUGAAUUUGAGCUCUACUAACUUGAAAGGGAUUCAUCUUCGUAAUUUCUUGAAACAUGUUGGGAAUAGUAAAGUAAGUGAAUAA